GUCUGACUUUCCCUCCCAAAAAUGAAUCAUCAUCAUUCACCAAACUCCGACUCCAAUAGUUUAUGUUAAAUCCAUCAGCUCUCACCUUCGAUUUCGCCUUCCUUCAAUCCGUUCUCCUUUGAUCUUCAUCCUUUCGUUGACCUCCGCCAUUUCCAAUCCUUUCCAUUCUUUCCAUGGCACAAUCACCGUAUCUACUCGCUGCAAUACUCCUCCAUUUCUUGCUCUUCGCCGAUCCCAUCUCCUCCAAUCCUCUCCUUACACCUUCACAUCGCGCCAUGGUGUUGCCUCUUUACCUCUCUUCCCCUAAUUCCUCCAAAUUGAUCUCCAACCCUCACCGCCAUCUCCGCCAAUUCCCCAGUUCGAAUAAUCGCUCCAACGCUCGAAUGCGCCUCUACGACGACCUCCUUCUCAAUGGGUAUUAUACCACGCGGCUUUGGAUCGGAACUCCGCCGCAGCAAUUUGCGCUUAUUGUUGAUACGGGGAGUACGGUUACUUAUGUUCCUUGCUCAACUUGCGAAGAGUGUGGGAGGCAUCAGGACCCAAAGUUUGAGCCAGAAUCAUCAAGCACUUAUGAACCCGUUAAAUGCAAUAUUGAUUGCACUUGUGACAAUGACGGAUUGCAGUGUGUCUAUGAGAGGCAAUAUGCUGAAAUGAGUACUAGCAGUGGUGUCCUUGGUGAGGAUGUUAUAUCUUUUGGCAAUCAGAGUGAACUCAUACCACAGCGGGCUGUGUUUGGUUGUGAGAAUGUGGAAACUGGUGAUCUCUUUAGUCAACGUGCUGAUGGAAUUAUGGGUUUGGGCACUGGUGAUCUUAGUAUUGUCGAUCAACUAGUUGAAAAAGGUGUGAUCAAUGAUUCUUUCUCAUUAUGCUAUGGUGGUAUGGAUAUUGGUGGUGGUGCUAUGGUUCUUGGUGGAAUCUCUCCUCCAUCAGAUAUGAUUUUUAGCUACUCAGACCCUGUCAGAAGUCCAUAUUACAAUGUUGAUUUGAAGGAGAUACAUGUUGCGGGUAAACGGUUGCUUCUGACUCCAAGCAUUUUUGAUGGAAGAUAUGGAACUGUCUUGGAUAGUGGUACAACUUAUGCUUACCUACCAGUGGAAGCGUUUGGAGCUUUUAAGGAUGCUAUUAUGGAUGAGCUUCAUUCUUUGAAGAAGAUUGAUGGUCCUGACCCAAAUUUUAAAGAUAUAUGCUUUUCUGGUGCUGGAAGUGAUGCUGCUGAAUUAUCAAACAUAUUUCCGACAGUUGACAUGGUAUUUGAUAAUGGACAAAAGUUGUCUCUAGCUCCAGAAAAUUACUUGUUCCGGCACUCGAAGGUGCAUGGUGCAUAUUGUCUGGGAAUUUUUGAGAAUGGAAAUGAUCAAACUACUCUUCUUGGAGGAAUCGUUGUCCGCAACACUUUAGUGAUGUAUGACAGAGCGCAUUCAAAAAUUGGAUUUUGGAAAACCAACUGUUCUGAGUUAUGGGAAAGGCUUCACAUUUCAGAUGAUCAUGCCCAUGCUCCUUCAGUUUCAAAUACAUCACACGAUACUGAUAUAGCACCUGCAUCUGCUCCGGACGAGUCACCACAUUAUACGAUUCCAGGAGAGCUCCAGAUUGGACGUAUCACAUUUGAGAUAUUGUUGAACAUAAGCUACACAGAUCUGGAGCCUCAUAUUACAGAACUUUCUGAUCAUAUUGCUCACGAGUUAAAUGUCAGUCAUUCGCAGGUUCUUUUAUUGAAUUUUACCAUGAGAGGAAAUGAUUCACUUAUUCAGUUGGCCAUACUCCCUAAUGAACCUUCAGAAUUUUUCUCACAUGCGACUGCCAUUACAAUAAUUUCCCUGAUUGUCGAGCAUCACAUGCAGCUACCUCCUACAUUUGGAAGUUACCAGGUCCUUCAAUGGAAGAUUGAACCUCUAAUGGAAAGAUCAUUGUGGAAGCGACUCUAUAUUAUGGUGGGUUUAGCUAUUAUUGUCACACUUAUUCUUGGGCUGUCAGCAUUGGGAGCAUGGUUUAUUUUGAGAAGGAGACAAGCAGCCUUCAAUUCAUAUAUGCCUGUCAAUGCAGCAGUUCCAGAGCAAGAACUCCAGCCACUGUAAAAUCUUUGCCGACACAUUUUUGCAUUCUUGUCACUGUUUGCUUCUUUUUCUUUUUCUUUUUAUAGGUUCAAAUGUUCAUUGGGGGACAUAUUUGAGGAAUUAUUAUUUUUCAGGUUUUGUAUUCAUUUUAUCUUCAAAGGUUCUAAAUUCUAACCUUAAACAAAUUGGAAGUUCCCUUUUUCACUUGGGUGCAAUAUUUAAAUUUGAUGGUGGUAGUAUUUUAAA